AUGGAUACAAAUGAAGCGUUGGACGAAAAAGAUAAUGGUCCUGAGGUUCAAUUAAACUUUCCCGCCUCAGUGAUGAGCAGAAUUGAGGAAUUAAUGGGCGGCAGUGAACAUUUUGAUAGCGACGAAUUUGAUGCAGUAGCCUACAUCAACAGAGUGUUUCCAACGGAACAAUCACUAUCAGGGGUUGAAGCGGCAGCCUCUAGAUGUGAAUUCCGUUUAGCAGCUGUUCAACAUGACAUCCGGAGGUUGGUACAGGCUCAACACAAUCAACGGAAAGCCGGUCACCAGGCACUGCUGGGAGCCCAGAAGUGCAUCUCGGAGUUGUCGUUGCAGGUAGCGGAUAUAAACAAGAAAUCGGAACGCAGUGAAGGUAUGGUCCGCGAGAUCACAUCCGAAAUAAAGCAAUUGGAUUGUGCGAAGUGGAAUUUGACGGCGGCCAUCACGGCGCUGAACCAUCUUCAUAUGUUGGCCGGUGGAGCCGCGUCUUUGAGGACAUUGGCGCAGAAUCGUCAGUAUAAAGAACUCGUCUUGCCAUUGCAGGCCAUUAUGGAGGUGCUCCAACAUUUAGAGAAUUAUCGCGAUAUUCGCGAAUUGAACGCACUAAGAGAAGAAGUGCACUCGAUUCGUGCGAAUCUCGCUGAACAAAUAUUGGCGGAUUUUAAACAGGCGUUUACUGGCGGUAGUAAAAGCACCAUUUCCCAACGGACGUUGAGCGAGGCCUGUGGAGUCGUCGACGUGUUGGAGCCCAAAGUGAGGCAAGAUCUGCUGCAAUGGUUCAUAGGACUGGAGCUACAGGAGUACGAACACCUGUUCUCCCCCGAACAAGAAUGCGCGUGGUUGCCUCAAAUAGCGAGGCGCUACUCGUGGCUAAAGAAGCACCUGCUGGCCGUCGAGCAGACCAAGGGAGCAAUAUUCCCGGCGGCCUGGCGGCUCAGCGAGAGGAUCGCUUAUCACUUUUGCAAGAUAACCCGGGAAAGUCUAACUUCCCUAAUGUCGUCCCGUAGAAAUGAAAUCGACUGCAAAUUAUUGCUGUACGCGAUACAACAGACGCACAAUUUCGAAUUAUUACUUCAUAAACGAUUUAUUGGCACAGAGUUGGCACCGGAAGCGGAAGCAAAUUUGGAAGAGAUCUCCUUCGAUGCUUAUAUUGAGAAUAUCGAAGAUGUGACGUCACACAAGAGUCCGUGGGUGGGUGUGGUCGGAGGAUGCUUUGAAGAGCAUCUUUCCCUUUACAUAAGCAGUCUCGAUAAUAAUCUCCGGUCGCUCAUGGAUCGGUUUAUUCAGGAAGCUAAGAACAUAGAGAUCGGCGACUGCGAGGGGAGCGGGUCGGGAGGGGUGUUGGCGAGUUGCGCGGAUCUCUUUCUCUUUUAUAAGAAAUGCCUCGCUCAAUGCGCCACUCUGUCCACGGGGGAUCCGAUGUUAGAACUGUCGGCCGUGUUCGGGAAAUAUCUCCGCGAGUACGCGGGCUCGGUCCUUCAGAACGCAUUACCGAGGAGUCACUCGAACACAGUGAACAAUAUUGUCACGAACAUACACACAUUUCUCAAGGACGAGAGUGUUGUGAGAUAUACAAAGCAGGAAAUCUCUAAGAUCACAAGCGUAAUAACGACGUCGGAGUACUGUUUGGAGACGACCGUUCACCUCGAGCAAAAGUUAAAAGAAAAAAUUCAUCCGAGUCUGUCCGAUAAAAUCGAUUUGGGCCCUGAACAAGAUUUAUUUCACAAAAUGAUCGGCAACUGCAUUCAGAUCCUGGUCCACGAUCUGGAGCUGGCCUGCGAGCCGGCUCUGUCCUCUAUGACCAAAAUAUCGUGGCUCCACUUCGACACGGUCGGCGACCAGAGUUCGUACGUCACCCAAGCGAUCAUGCAUUUGAAGAACUCGAUACCGAUCUUGAGAGAUAAUCUCGCGUCGUCCCGAAAGUAUUUCACCCAGUUCUGUAUCAGAUUCGCCAAUUCCUUCAUCCCUAAAUUCAUUCAAAAUAUCUACAAGUGUAAGCCGAUCUCCACCGUCGGCUCCGAGCAGCUGCUGCUCGACACGCACAUGUUGAAGACGGUGCUCUUGGAGCUGCCGUCCCUCGGCUCGGACGUCAAACGUCAAGCGCCGACGACCUACACGAAAGUCGUCAUCAAACUGAUGACGAAAGCGGAAAUGAUUUUAAAGUUGGUCAUGGCGCCGUUGGAUAAUAAUUUGGAGGGUUUUGUGGCGCAGUUUCUGCAAUUGUUGCCGGAUAGCACGCUGGUGGAGUUCCAUAAAGUCCUCGAUAUGAAGGGAGCCAAAUUGAGUAAGAGCCAGUUGAGCGCUUUGGACGCUCUCUUUAAGGAGACGUCGAGGAAGUUAUAG